AUGAAGUCUACCCAGCUUAUCUCCCUCCUCUGCCUGUUCUUCUCCAUCGGUGAAACUCUAAAAUGCUACACUUGCAUCUUUCCUGCUCUGACAUCAAGCGACUGCCUGAAGUUCCCAAGGAUGUGUAUGCCCACAGAGACCUGCUUCACCAGCAAAGCUGUUGGAAUGAAAGGAGGGCAGAGGCUGGUGCUCUACGAGAAGGGCUGCGUGUCCGCUUCCCUGUGUGGCAUCUGCGGGACCAAGACCGCCAUGGGCAUCGUCUUCUCCUACAACAACACUUGCUGUGACACCGAUCUGUGCAACGGGGGUGUGGGGGCCAGAGCCCUCCUGUCUCUGGCCCUUGGCAGUCUGUUCCUCACUGUCCUGGGUCCUGCCCUCCUGUGAGGAACAAGUUGGCGAGGCUUGUGCUGGGCCCUGGGUACCCGAGAACAAUCACCAGUCAACCAACUUAGAGUCAUACAGCACAGAGACAGGCCCUUCAGCCCAACUGGUCCAUGCUGACCAAGAUGUCCCAUCCAAGCUAGUCCCGUUUGCCAGCGUUUGGCCCAUAUCCCUCUAAACCUUUCCUAUCCAUGAACCUGUCUAAUUAUCUUUUACAAGUUGUUAUUGUACCUGCCUCAACCACCUCCUUUGGCAGCUCGUUCCAUAUACAGACCGCCCUCUGUGUAAAAAAGGUUGCCCCUCACUUUCCUAUUAAAUCUCUCCCCUCUCACUUUAAACCUACGCCCUUUAUUCCUUGAUUCCUCAACCCUGGGAAAGAGACUGAGUGCAUUCACUUUAUCGAUGCCCCUCAUGAUUUUAUACACCUCUAUAAGAUCACCUCUCAGUCUCCUGCACACGAAGGAAUAAAGACCUAGCCUGUCCAACCUCUCCCCAUAACUCGGUCCCUCAAGUCCCGGCAACACCCUCGUAAAUCUUUUCUCGCCAGUUUGAUAACAUCUUUCCUACAGCAGGGCGACCAAAUCUGAACAAUACUCCAAGUGUGGCCAUAAGACUUGACCAUAAAGGUAUAGGUGCAGGAUUAGGCCAUUUGGCACAUUGAGUCUGUUCCGCCAUUCAAUCAUGGCUGAUUUUUUUUCUCUCUCUCAACCCCAUCAACUUGGGCAGCUUUAAGGUAGGUGUUGCUCUCCAAGUCUCUGCAAUAUCAGGUGCUGUGCUAGAGAGCAUGGGAUGUUGCCUGGGGCAUUUUUCCCCCAGCAGUGCUCCACCAGAUGACCAUCAGCAUGACAUCCUCUCCAGCACUGCUCCCAUUGGCUGGCUGCCCCAACACUCUCCUGAAGCCCUGCCUCUCUAAGGCCAGUGUCAAUGUGGCUGGGUGAUUUUGGGCAGG